AAAUCGCGGCGGGGCAAUGAACGGUGUGCAGGGUUGGUGCGCGGUUCUGGAUGUGCGGCCCCACAGCGAGAGCCCGGACAACGUGAAGGUGCUGAGGCUGACUCUGCCCAACCAGCUGCCUGGGGAGCAGUGCCAGCAGGCCAAGCAGAAGCCAGUGGGAAAAGCCUUUGCCAUGGUGGCCAACAGGUCCAGCAAUGGUCACUCCCUGGCCUCUGAGUGCAUCAAGUCCAACGAUGGUGACGAGGAGAUCAUCAAGGUUUACCUGAAGGCUCGAGCUGAGGGCAGCAUCAGCCACGAGGAGCACAUCAACCAGCUGAAGAGUGAAGUUCGCUACAUCCAGGAGGCCAGAAGUUCUCUGAAGAAGCUGAGAGAAGACCUAAGUGGUGAACUUGAAAACAGACAAGGAGCUGAAGAGCAGCCACAGGGCACACUGGAGAGGCAGAAUGGGACCUGGCUGCAGCACGAGAGGCAGCCUGAGGACUGCUGGGAGGAGCAGGAGGAGGCAGAGUGCUCGGGGGAGGAUGUGGAGAAGAUUCGCCAGACGGCCAGGAGGCUCUUCAGCAGGCUGCAGGAGGCUGAGCAGAGGCACCAGCUGGAGAAGAAAGCCUUUGAGAGGACGGUGGCCCAGUACCAGGAGGAAGCAGAGCAGAGGAACUGUGCCCUGAGGAGAGCAGAGAAGAGCAUCCUGGAGAAGGAGGUGCAGGUGGAAGAGCUGCAGAGGCUCCUGGCAGGGAUGGAGAAGGAGCACAGGAGCCUGCUGCUGAAGAUGAAAGAAGGAGAGGCAGAGCUGGUGAGGCUGAGGAGUGUGGAAGGUGACAAGCUGGCCCAACAGGACAGGUCAGCCCAGCUGGAGAAGGAGGUGACAAUGCUGAGAGAGAAGAUCCACCACCUGGAUGACAUGCUGAAGAGCCAGCAGCGCAAGGUCCGCCAGAUGAUCGAGCAGCUCCAGAACUCCAAAGCUGUGAUUCAGGCCAAGGAUGCCAUGAUCCAGGAGCUCAAGGAGCGAGUGGCCUACCUGGAGGCUGAGAACCUGGAGAUGCAUGACCGCAUCGAGCACCUGAUCGAGCAGCAGGUCAGCCGCGGGGCCCUCAGCUCCCGGCCGCGCUCCAAGUCGGAAUACGUCAGCAGCAAGCGGCUUCUGGGACCCAAGCCACUGCCUCUCAUCCGAGUGGUGGAAACCUGAGCUGUGAGGGCUGGUCCCAGCUGAAGACUCUUCCCCUUGUUCUCCUCGCCUGGAUUUCCCUGCUUGGCUGCCAUCCUCUGGCCUCUCUGCUCCCCGGAGCCAUCAGCAGAGGCUGUGCCCUGAAGAACCUCAGCAGCCGAGGACCAGGCGUAGCCGGGGCUGUCCUGGCAGAGGAAGGAGGUUUGCAGAGCAUCAACCUUGCUGUCCCCCAAAUGGAUCCUCCCAGGGAUGCCAGUUUGGAGGUGGGCACCAGCUGGCAGCAGCA